UGGGAGGAUCUGCUCCCCCCGCCCCCGCAACAGCCCUUCCCCACCAGGAGCCGUGCGAUCUCCACAGUAACGGCCGCUCCCCAGCCGCCACCCCUGGCCCAGGCGCCUCUGCUUUGUCCAGCUCUAUGGCAACAGCGGGCAGCCCCAGGCCGCGUGCCGUGGGGCGGCAGUCGCUCCCCAGACAGCGGGGCCGGGCAGCUGGGUUCCCCCGACAGGAUGCCGGAGAAGCGGCUCUCGGCGGAGCCGCCAGAAGUUACAGAAGAAGAGUUUGAAAAUUAUUUGGCAACAGACAACUUCCUUGUGGAUUACUUUAAUGAGUUCUUAAGUCUUCCUACCUUUCCAGAGGCAAUUAGAUUUAACGUAGACUACGGAGUUUUUGAAGUAGUUAAUGAUGCACCACAACUUCUGGAAAAGCAACUGAAAAAAAUUCUGCAAAACCAGCAACCUCGGAAUCCCAUCUAUGAUGUUGUGAGGAAAGGGAAGAGUGACAGUAAAUCUACUCAGAAAAGUGUCCCCUGCGAAGAUGAGGCCAUCAAUGUCAACUACAGCAUCAUGUGUCUCAAGCGUGAACAAGGUAUUAAUUGGAUCAAAAGGGAAAGACUUCCGGCAUUUCUGGAAAGCGAUUGCUACUUUGAAUACAGGUUAGCAAAGUUGAUCUCGCAAGCAACAUGGAGCAGCACAGGCAUGAAUUUCAUAGUGGGUACAAACUUUACUCCCUGGAUCCUCAGAAGACCACCUGCUCCACCUCCUCCCAGCACCGACGAAGACAAUUAUAUGAUUAUGAAGAAGUUCUACGUUUCACUUGGCCAGGCUUCCUAUACUCAAACAAAAGACUGGUUUACACUCGCCAAAGAGAGUGAGAAUACAGUAACGAUGGCUUCAUUACCCUGCUGUAUACCCCACCACCAGACUGCAUCCCCAGUUAUUGCCACAGCUUCUGAGAUUUUUGAUGAUGGAGUUCACCCCAGGACUAUAAAAAGCCUGUCUAAAAGCUCUAAAGCAGUUUCCGAGCUGGAUGAAGAAGAAGAGGGGUCUAUAUCAAUGAAAGACUCGCCUUCUCAAGCUCUUCUGAGGGUAUACCUGGAGAAGAAGGGUGGGAAGGAAAGAAACCUCACCCUGCACUUCUCGUCGGUUGAAGAAUUCCUAGAUGCCUACAUCAUCUUUAUCCUGAGAGAGGCCAUCCAGCACAUCACGGGCCAGUCCCUUAGUGACACUCCGGAAUACAUCAACUACUACAAAGUGUCCCAUGUGAUCUUUGAUAAAGUCCCGCCUGUGCCUAGCAACAAGGCUAUAGUUUCACCCCCUGUUGAAAUGGUAGAGGAAAUCUCAAAAGAUAGAUUGGAGAAUGUAAGUUUAAGUUCAGAGAGUGAGAGCAUUGGGCCUGAGAGCAGGGCAGACUGGUGCAUCUCCCACAGGACCUAUGACAUUGGCAACAGAAGGGAAUUUGAAAGAUUUAAGAAGUUUCUAAAGGGCACACUAGGAGAGAGGUACUGGUGGCUGUGGAUGGACAUAGAGAGGCUGAAAGUUCUUAAGGACCCUGAAAGACAUCAAAGACAUCUUGAGAAAAUGAAAAAAUGCUACCUUGUGAGCAGUGGGGAACGCUACCUUUCUGCAGAAAUCUUAUCGAAGUUUAAGCUGCUGCAUGGAUCCCGGUGGACAGCAGACCACUUGAAAAACAUUCAGGCUGAGGUUUUAAAACCUCUGCUUCUGUAUUGGGCACCAAGAUUUUGUGUAACACAUUCGGCUUCAGCAAAAAAUGCUAGCACUGAGCUGAAGUUCUGGCGCCUCCGUCAAGAGAAGCCCAGGAAGGAUGUUGACCCUUUCCCACAGAUGGCCACCCUCCUGCCGUUAAGACCGAAGUCCUGCAUUCCACAGACCCCUGAGGUCCAGGGAGAAGAAAUCAAUUUAUUUCAACCAUCUAAAUUUAAGAAAUUAUCAAAAAUAAAUGCAGGGACUCAACAACUUGGGAGAAGUGAGCCUCUGAAUGCAGUUUCUUCUAAGGAUGGUGGGCUUGAGAAAGGGUCAAAGAGGCUACCAGAGAGCACCACUGUGGUCCGCUUGACAUCUUUUACUGACAUCUCCGAGUGUCUGAAGCCCCAGCUGGAGAGAAAAUACACUUACACAGAAGAGCAUAAUGUUAAAACUGUAUCAAAUGUUGGAGCCUUGGGAGGAUUUGACAUGGAAAACUUGUUGCAAUCUUUGUAUGUAGAAAACAGAGCGGGAUUCUUCUUUACUAAAUUCUGUGAGAAUUCAGGGAACAAGCUGUGGAAGCACAGUGUGUACUUUUGGUUUGACCUCCAGGCUUAUCAUCAGCUGUUCUACCAAGAAACACUUCAACCUUUCAAAGUAUGCAAGCAAGCCCAAUAUCUUUUUGCCACUUACAUUGCUCCGUCAGCCAGUUUCGACAUUGGACUCCAUCAGGAAGGGAAGAAAGACAUUUACAUGAAAAUACAGCCACCAUUCGAAGAUCUUUUUGACACAGCAGAAGAGUUUAUCCUUCUCAGCCUUCUGGAGCCCUGGACACAGAUGGUGAUGUCAGACAAGAUGGCUUACAAAAAGGUGGAACUACAAGAAGAGACUCGACAACUAGAUUCUGCAUGUUUCAGAAAGCUACAUGCUUUGCAUAAAGAAACAAUUUCCAAGAAGGCUGAGGACACCACUGGGUAUGCAAUGGCCAAGCUGUCCCUCUCGGAUGUCUCUAAACAAACAGAGUACUGGCUGAAUGUCCCUGAGGGGUACAAGCACUUUACUUUUACUGACCUACUUAACAACAAACUGGAAUUUGAACAUUUCCGUCAGUUUCUUGAGUCUCAUUCUUCAAGCCUUGACCUUAUGUGUUGGAUAGAUAUCGAACAGUUCCGAAGAAUCAUUUUUAAAGACCAAAAGCAAAGAGAGGAAAAAUCUAUAUACAUUAAAAACAAAUACCUUAAUAAAAAAUAUUUCUUCGGACCCAGAAGUCCAGCUUCUUUGCAUCAACAGAACCAGAUUAUGCUCCUGAGUGGUGGCUGGGGCAGGAUUCUGCACGAGCAGCUUGACGCAUCCGUGCUGGUGGAAAUCCAGAAGCACGUCUUGAAUAGGCUGGAAAAUGUGUGGCUGCCAUUGUUUCUCUCGAGUGAACAGUUUGCAUCACGUCAGAAGAUAAAGACACAGAUGAAAGACAUAGCGGAUGAGCUGUUACUGCAGAGGCACGACAGGAAAAUUGGAGUUUGGAAGCCUGUGGAGAGUAAGUGGAUAUCUUCAUCCUGUGAGAUUAUUGCUUUCCGUAAAGCAUUAUUGAAUCCAGUCAUUGCAAGGCAAUUUCAACGGUUUGUGGCCCUGAAAGGAGAUUUAUUGGAAAAUGGAGUUCUUUUUUGGCAAGAAGUACAAAAGUUUAAGGAUUUGUGCCACUCACAUUGUGACGAAUCUAUCAUCCACAAGAAGAUUACAACCAUCAUCAACUGCUUCAUUAACUCCUAUAUCCCACCAGCUUUACAGAUUGAUAUUCCAGUUGAGCAAGCCCAGAAGAUCCUUGAACACAGGAAGGAGCUGGGGCCGUAUGUGUUCCGAGAGGCACAGAUGACAAUUUUUGGGGUUCUGUUUAAGUUUUGGCCACAGUUUUGUGAGUUUAGGAAGAAUUUAACUGACGAGAAAAUCAUGAGUGUUUUAGAGAGAAGACAGGAACAUAAGCAGAAAAGGAAAGCGUCAGACACAGAAGAGGACAAGGCGGGAAAGAGUGGAGUUAAGCAGUAUGCAAGUACUACAGGCUCUCUUACAAAACCUGUCUUAGGCAGCGAGUCCCUACUAGUCCUGCAGUCCUAUGGCCGGCAGCCAACCUGGUGUUAUUCAAAGUACAUAGAAGCCUUGGAACAAGAGCGAAUUCUUCUGAAAAUCCAAGAAGAAGUGGAAAGAAAAAUGUUCACAGGUACAUCAUCUUUCACAAACUUGCUUAAGCCUUCCACUGGCUCCGCUCUGUCUCUGAAGAAGAAUGUGUCUCUUCACAGCAUCCAGAGAUAGCAGCUUUCCAGCCCACGCUCAGAUCCUCCUGCUGACAAGUACCAGAUAACAGAGAGUUGCUUCUGCUCCAGUCUGUGACUUCUUCUCUUUCCCUCCUGUACUUAGCCACCUUCACUCCCUUGGCCCUGAGAGACUGUCCUCCUCUCUCUCUGCAUCUCAGUUUUGAAGUUCCCACUGAUCUCCAAGCUCGGCCCUGCCCCUGGGUCUCUCUUCAUCAGUGUGUGUUCUAGAUAAACUCCUCAGCUGGUCUUUCUGUCUGAGAUGCUGGAUUCCCCUUGUAUUUCCAUUUGAUUCUUCCUUGGCAUUUUCUUCUCUGUGCUUGCUUUAUGAUUCUGGUCUUGUUUCUUGUUUCCCUGACUGAUUAAGGUUGAAGUCUACCAUUGUCUGUAGUACCCUCUGAGCUCAGAGUAAAAGGACAGAUUCUCUUUGUCAGGCCUUCUCCUUCUCUGACCAUGUCUGGCGAACUUGAAACCCCCACACUCUACCUGCAGAAUGUCAUGUAGCCUUGGUGAAAUUACAGGUUUGGCUUCUUCCCACCCACAAUAAGAACCCACUCAGCAAGUGCCUGAGAUUCCUGGAAUGUUUCCCCACGCUAAUGAGACAUAUCUGUACCUUAGCUUUCAGCCAAUGAUCUUUGCCUACCCUGGAUAUUCCUCCUUUCCCCAAAACUACAUAACCCUUGAUUAUGUAGUAACCCCAAGUAAAACUGAUGCAUCUCCCUGAAGCUGGCCCCAGUGUGUCAUUGCCAGUUGUACCCAUGAGCCAUCCAUAACCCUUAGUCCUCAUGGACAUGGCCAACAACCCCUGGGAGAAGGGAGACCCACAUUCAUGAUCCACUUUGUUGUUGUUUUCAAGAUAGGGUUUCUCUGUGUAGCUCAGGUUGACUUGGAACUCCCUCUGUAGACCAGGCUGGCCAUAAACUCAGGGAUCCACCUGCCUCUACUUUCGGAGUGCUGAGAUUAAAGACGUGUGCCCCCACUGCUCGGCCAUCAUCCAUUUUUAAAGCUGGAGCUCUUAAUUGUUAAAUGCAGCCAUUGUAAUGAAAGACCCACAACAUGAGGACUCCCCCACGUUCUGACUCAGAGAGGUGACGCCCCAAAUCACUCACGAGAAACUGUCUUGAUACAAACCACAAGAGGACUUUCAUUCCAGGUGCACUCUGGGACCCACAGUCGUAUACCACGCAGGGGUAGAGGACCAUGGGCCCCGAGUAGCUGGGACAUGGGGUAUUUAAAGGAAGAAACCACAACUCAAGGGGUGGGGAGGGUGUCAUUGGAAAAUACCAAAAAUACCAAUUAAGAGUCACAAGGGAGUGGAAGUCACAAGAGUCGCAAGGAAUACCUGGUAAUUGUGUGGGUUAUUUCUCAAGACACUCUCUAUGAGCCUCUAACAAUAGCACAUUUGCAUAGAUAGCGGGUUCCAUAAAUGGUCAGGGUGACCCUUUUUGAACAAACACUCCCUGAACCCAGGAAGUAGGUGGGUGGAGGAAUGU